UUUUUCUGCCCCUUUCCCAGCUCUGCCUCGGGAGCUCUGCUUCCUGUAAGGGCAGAAUCUGACAUGGCCCCUUGGCUGCUUUUUUCAGCAACUCUUCCUCCUCCUGGGCCUUGCUUUCAAACACUCUGUGCAUUUGGAGAGCCUGAUCUUGUGCAGAAAAUAUCCCUGACAUUUGAAGAGCUCCAGGGAUUCAGGGAGCAUGCUCAGUCCUCUCUCUCUGUCUGCUAGGAAGAGGAAGCUAGUUUACAUAGGAGUCAUACCAAGCAUAGCCUGCAUGUCAGUGCAGUUAACUUGCAGCAGGCUGUGAGCAGAAGAAGGAGCAUGUCUUUGUCCUAGGAAGUUUUCAGUGCUCUUCCCCCUCCUCCUCACCAAUCUGGAGGGAGACCUAGGAGCAGUUUCAACAGGAUCUGGGGACACAAUAUACUUCAGACUCUCUGCCUCUAGUUCAAGAGGAAGGGGAUUUCUUCCUCCCUCCCCCACUUUCCCCUCCAGAUUCUCCCCUUUUUAAAAAAUAUACUUUGUUUUGCUUAGUCGGAGGCUGGGCCGUGAGCUUGUGGAAGUCGGAAAAGAGUCAGGAGCUACUCAAGGAGCCGCCUUUGCCUGCGUGCUUGUUUUGGUUUUGGAGGGGCGAAAAGCAAGCAAGCUGGUCUUCUUUGCUAGCCCACUAAAUGCUAUUUAUGAAGAUGGACCUGUUGAACUAUCAGUACUUGGACAAGAUGAACAACAACAUUGGCAUUCUCCGCCAAUACGAAGGUGAAGCGGCUCUAAGAGGAGAGCCCAGGAUGCAAUCCCUUCCAGUAUCAGCUGCUGUGACCAACCAUAGGACAGGGCCACCCCCUAUGAGUCCUUGCAAGAGGAAGUUCAGCAUGGACCAAGGAGAUGAUGACCUAGACUGUGAAAAUGAACAUGUCUCUAAAAUGAGUCGCAUGUUCAGUCCUCAUCUAAUGAAGACUGCCAAUGGGGAUUACCGAAAAGAACAUCGAGAAAGAAGCCGCAGUCCAAUAGACCGGGCUGCUGCACCAACAAUGAGUCUUCAUGCUAAUCACAUAUAUGCCUCAAUCCCAAGCUUAACCAUGGAUCAACCUCUAGCACUGACCAAAAACAGCAUGGAUGCUACCCGGUCUGUAAGCCUCACUCCUACAAUGACGUCGGUGGAACGGCAGCAGAACCGUCCAUCUGUAAUCACUUGUGCCUCUGCAAGCAAUCGUAACUGUAACCUUUCUCAUUGUCCAAUUGCACACAGUGGAUGUGGUACUGCCAUGCCAGCCAGUUACCGGAGACCAUCUAGCACUACCACUGCCUGUGAUCCAGUGGUGGAAGAGCACUUCCGCAGAAGCCUUGGCAAGAAUUACAAGGAGCCGGAGCCAGUGACAAACUCUGUAUCCAUCACGGGAUCUGUUGACGACCACUUUGCCAAAGCACUUGGAGACACGUGGCUUCAGAUCAAAGCUGCAAAGGAUGGGGUGUCCAGCAGCCCAGAGUCUGCCUCCCGGAGGGGCCAGUCAUCUUCUCCCCCUUCCUCCCACAUGGUCAAUCAUAAUCAUUCACCUUCUGUCGUCUCAUGAAGAGAGGACCACAUACUUUUUUUAAGGAAAAAAAAAAUCCAAACAUGAAUUUGCAUGGUUUGACUGAGCUUCGAACAGUGCUCAAAAAAAUUUUUUUUUAAAUUAAAAUGUAAAAGUGUUUGGGAGGGAGAAUAGGAGAGAUUAGUUUUCAGCACACAUUUUAUGUGUGUUUUGCUUGGGGUUUUUAUUUUAUUUUAUUUUAUACAUAUUCCCUUAAAAGAUGAUAGCAGGAACUAUUCAGUUAAAAAUAAAUAUUAUGAUGUAGCACUCUUUUUUUUUUCCUGCUUCAGUUACCAAAGAAACCUCUGAUGCAAAUCUGCUGCCCCCUUUUCUUAAAAAAAAAAAGGAAAGAAAGAAAAGACACAGACACAAGUUAACGGGCAAAAAAAGAGAGAGAUAAAAAGCCAUUCUGUACAGUUGGUUGACCCAAACGCUGCGUGCUUUGAUUAGCUUCUUGAGAGUAGAAUUUUGUCUGGUUUUUAUUUUUUAUUUUGCUUCCGUUGCUUUCUUCUCCCUUUGUGAAGUAAUGUUGUAUGUAUAUACUUGAAAAGAAACUGUCGUGUAUGAUUUGCACUAUUGGAGGAGGUCUAGAGUUGCAUAGCAACUUCACGCACGAUGCUUAUAUUCUGAGGGCAAACUGCUUAGAGGUGAAAAAAAGUCUAAAGAUGAUGUGUCUGUCUCUUUUUAAAACAAUUUCUUAUUUUUUAAAAAAGCAAAAUUUGCCUAGGAAGGGGAAGUCUCAUACAGGUUAUAGGUCUUUCUCUCUUUAGAUUUCAGGUGCUUAUUGCUUGCAACUGGACUGCAUAAUUGACUGAUCCAUGGGCAUUUAAAUUUUGUUAACACUGCAGUUUGUUAGAGUAGAGCUGAGGUCAGAGGGUUCAAUAGUGCUAAAAAUGCAUGUUUUAUGGAAAAAAUAGCUGGUAUCUAUUAAUGUAUAGACAGUAAGAAAUAUAAUACUUAUUAGCCUUUGUUGAGAACUAGUUUAUAUUUUUUUCAGUAACAGUCAUAGAUAGACUUACUGCUGGUACAGUUGUACUCUGAUAUUUGUAUCUGAUGAUAUUCACUUUAGUAGCAGCCAGCAAACAAGGACAAUUGCCUCAGGUCAGGCCUCAAAUGAUGCAGUUUAAGUGACUAUACAGUACUGUGAGGUACAGUAUGCCUUAAUGGCAUUCAUUUCUGAAUAAACAACUUACAUUUGCAGCACCAACUGAUUAAUACAAAUUUACUUAGUUUUUUUUUAAAAUGUGUGUAAGCUAAUUUGUUGCAAACACUGCUAUCGUUAAAUAUUUUGUCUGAACAAGAGAUUGUGAAAUGCAAUCUUUAAUUGUUGGGGCUACUUAUAAAUCUAGGCCAAGGCACCAUACAUUCCACCAUUUAAAAAAAAUCUUUUAUAAAGGUGUUACUUGCAUUUAUUUCAUUUGCUAUAUUAAUAGCCACUAACUAGGUAAUAGAGGCAGGCAUAAAGAACUGAUUUGUGUCCGUAGUCAUGAGCUUCUCAGCUUUUUGUUAAAUGCAGCAACUCAUCCCCCCUCCUUAUCUCUGCCCCACACAUUCCAUCACCCCCAGGAUGGUUACAGCAAGGCAUUUUAAUACUGGGUUACCUGAAAAGACUGGCUUUAUUGAGAAAGAGUUUAUGAGUAGGGGAAAAACAGAACUCCAUGUGAUGUAUUCAGGACUGUGUUGCAGUAUUUGGGUCCACAAUAGUCUUUAUAUUUUGAAACAAAAAAAUGUUAACACUAUUAAAUAUGAAAAAGGGGCAGAGUAGGAAAUACCAUAAAACUGCCUUUUUUCUUUUCAUUUUCUUUUUUUGGAGUGAGUGUGGCUGCCGAAUUUUAAAAACAUGAAAAGAACAACAGAAGCUCCCCUGCACCUUGUCACCCCUUCACACAUUUCAUGGUCAUCCUCCUGGGUAGUUAAUGUUCAGUCUCCAUUGACAUUCACUGCCCUACUCCCUCUAAGAUACUUGCAGAAAAACACAAACACACACACACACAUUUUAAAUAGAUAACUUUAAGACCAUCAUUACGCUGUGCGUAAAGAAUGUACAGAGAAAUUUGUAGGUAUUUUUUGAGGAACAAUUAAUUUGUUAAUGAUAUGUAGCUAUUUAAUUUUUCCCUUUCCUUUAUUGUAAUCAUUCUCUCCAUCUCUAUCUCUAUCUCUCUGUCUUUUUUUUUUUUUUUUUUUUUUUUUUUGGUCUGGAGAAAAAAGUUGAUCUUUUUUGUUUGUUUUGUAGAUGUCUGUAAUACAGUAAAAGUGCAGGAACACAGUUAUUCUAUAAGAACACUGCAUUAGCAAUUAAUAGCCACUAGUGUGUUGUUGCUACAGGCUACUGAGCAGUCUAACAGGAAAGUACUAAUGACUGUAGAGGGACUCUGUGGGUUUUGUAACUCUUUUGACAUUUCUUUUAAGCACAAUAUAGUACAAAGUCACAUUUACUUAUCUGGGAUGGGUAAAUGGAUCGGUGGUGAGGCAGAGAUUGGCACCUCAGUCCUAACCGCACAAGACUUGGAAGCAAAUUUGUCAAUUUGGGGGAAUAUACUUCCUGAGCACAGAAGCAUGCUUAGGGUAAUGGGCUUGGCAUGGCAUCUCCCAUGUAUAAUCACAUGAGGAUAGAGUUAAAAAUACUGAUGGGAAAUGUAAUUAUUUGGUGACAGCCAAAGGGGUUAGGGUGGGAAGAGGUAGAGGGAUAUUAACCUCAUUGUUACAUAAAGUGUUUUUUCUCCCACAGAGCCACAUUAUCUACAGCUUGAACAAUAUUCUCCAUGUUUGUAAAUCUGUAAUAUAUCAUUCUUUUGUGGCCUUGUUUCACCUGGCGAUUUUUUAAAAAAAGGUUUGGCAGGCCAUCUUUUUUUUUUUUGUACUUAAAGGUAGCCUUAAUGAACAAUAAAGUGCUCUUAAAUCUCAUAAA